CUGCUGAGAAACGGAGGUUGGCCGUGCCCGGGGCCUUCUGGGAAUCGUAGUUCUGGGCUGGAUGAGGCUCGCCAGCCUCGCCCCAUCCCCUUCUUACGCAUGCGCGGCUCCGGGCUGGCCCCAGAGGUUGGGAGCCUUUGUCAAGCCCGGAUGGGAGGUACAGUGCCGAGCGGCCGGAACAGGCAUCCGAGGAUCGGUCUGGGGGACCUGGCCCCCCGCGGGAUCCAGGUGCCGACAUCCCGGGACCGAGGAAGAAGCGGGGCCUGACCUGACCCGGCCUUUCCGCAGCGCCCCGAGGGCCGGCCGGCGGGAGGACGGGGCUUCUCGCUGUGACGUGCUGAGAGGUCCAGAUUGAGGAGCGGGGAGACGGGAGCUCCGAAUCUUCGGAACCGUGAGGAUUGGGGAUCAUGGAGGCAGAUUGGGCCGAGAUGCCCGAGAAGAGAGCUACGUCUUUCCAGGAGUCUUUCUAUUCCCAAGAGAAGAGCACAGAAAAGGGAGAAGUGGCAGCUCUCCGCCUCACAGCCAGAUCCCAGGCGUCUGUGACAUUCAAGGAUGUGGCCAUGGACCUUACCCCCGAGGAGUGGGGGAAGCUGGAUCCUGCACAGAGGGACGUGAUGCUGGAGAACUAUAGGAACCUGGUCUCGCUCUGGCUUCCAGUUUCCAAGCCUGAGAACUACAAUUUGGAGAAUGGAAAGGAAACAUUGAUGCUUGAGAGAAAAGUCCCCAGAAGCAGCUAUUCAGACUCAGAGUGUAGACCUAAGAGCAAGGAUUCAACUUCAGUGCAAGAUUUUUCCAAAGAAGCAUCAUGCCAGGUUGCAAUAAUAGACAGACUGACAGGAAAUAGUGUCUGUGAUACCAACUUGAAAGCAACUCUUGAAUGUGAAAAUUUGUUAGAGAAUCAGCAAGGAAAUCAGGGGAGACACUUAAGAGAAAUGUUCACCUACAUUAAUUCACUCCCUGAAGAAAGAGCUCAUGAUCAUGAUGUAUAUUGGAAAAACUUUAGUCAGAAGUCUGUCCUUCUCACUCAAGACAGAGUUCCAAAAAGAUCCUAUGCCUUUCAUACACUUGAAAAGAGAUUGAAACAGAAAUCAAGUUUAAGGAAAAAGAGAACCUAUAAAGAGAAAAAACCUCAUAAAUGUAAUGAUUGUGGUGAACUGUUCACUUACCAUUCAGUGCUUAUUCGACACCAGAGAGUCCAUACUGGAGAGAAACCCUAUAGCUGCAAUGAAUGUGGGAAAUCUUUUAGCCACAGAGCUAAUUUAACUAAACAUCAGAGAACUCAUACUAGAAUUCUCUUUGAGUGCAGUGAAUGCAAGAAAGCCUUUACAGAAAGCUCGUCCCUUGCAAUACAUCAGAGAAUUCACAUUGGAGAGAGACCUUAUGAAUGUAGUGAAUGUGGGAAAGGAUUUAAUCGAAGUACACAUCUUGUACAGCAUCAGUUGAUCCAUACUGGAGUGAAGCCUUACGAAUGUAAUGAAUGUGAUAAAGCUUUCAUUCAUUCCUCAGCACUCAUCAAACAUCAAAGAACUCAUACUGGAGAGAAACCCUAUAAAUGUCAGGAAUGUGGGAAAGCUUUUAGCCAUUGCUCAUCCCUGACUAAACAUCAGAGAGUUCAUACUGGAGAAAAGCCAUAUGAAUGUAGUGAAUGUGGAAAAACCUUUAGUCAGAGCACACAUCUUGUUCAACAUCAAAGAAUUCACACUGGAGAGAAACCCUAUGAGUGUAACGAAUGUGGGAAAACCUUCAGCCGGAGUUCAAAUUUUGCUAAACAUCAAAGAAUUCAUAUUGGAAAAAAACCAUACAAAUGUAAUGAAUGUGGUAAAGCCUUUAUUCAUUCAUCAGCUCUUAUUCAACACCAGAGAACUCAUACUGGAGAGAAACCCUAUAGAUGUAAUGAAUGUGGGAAAAGCUUUAAGUGCAGUUCAUCCCUCAUCAGACAUCAAAGAAUCCAUACACAAGAGCAACCAUGAAAAAUUAUUAAAUGUGAAGAAAUGUAAGUUGGUUUUAUCACUGUGUUCAAGAGUGUUUAGGUGGAAGAGCCUUAAAAUGCUGCUUACAGACCAAUUUGUAUACAUCUGAUUUUACUUGCAUAGUACAUACAUAUUUUUGAGCCAUAAACAAAAUGUCCCUUAUAUCCAUUGAUUUAAUAAUUAUGAAAGCUACUAGCCAGAGACUUCAUAUUUUGAGCCCUAAUCCUUCCCUAAUACCUUUUUUAUGGAUAUUCAAGAAAUCCUUAGGAAUGGGUAGCAAUAUAAUCGUUGUAGAAUCCAUUUUCUCCCUCUUUGUAAGGAAGUUCUUAUUUGUUAGGUUAGGCAGAGGGUUCAUAUCCUUAUCAGGAAGAUACAGUUGUUCCUCUUUGAAUCCAAAAAUAGAGAUCCAGAUUUAUCAAUAGUUGUCAUUUUUCCAGUGUCAUUUCCUUUAUAUUAGCUAUAAAAAGCUAAAGGUUAAGAGUUGAAAUAUGCUUUGUAUUCCUUCCCUACCCCAAAGGCCACUCUCAAAUUUGAUGAACAUAAAAAGAAUUUAUUUACAGCAGGUUCUAAGUUAGAUUCACAUGGAUUCUGCUUGUAGACUUACUGGUAGAUAAUUGUGGUCAUUCUGCUGUGUAGAACUUCAUUUUUUACUUCCUUGGAAGUUGCCCUGAAGUAGAAUGGGUCAAAAUCUUAACUCUAGUUUUUGAUCAAAUCCUUCUUAUCUUUGGCAUUCACUGAAUGAGUCACUGGUUUUCUAUAAUUACAGUAUUAGGGAUAUUUUGUUCUUUACAUUCUGCUUUCUGUAAACUAUGCUUUGUCACUUUGAGAAAAAGCCACAAGGAUGUUGAGGGUCUGAAAAGUUGAUGGGUUCAAUGUGUUAU